GGGUCGUCGAAGAGGGGGUGACCGUACGAUCUGGAUAUGUCUUGAUAUCUGAUAUUAUUUCCGGUAUAGUUGACAUAUUGGGAAAAGAAAUGCGAUUACUACCCCGCCUAAUUGGAGUGUGAAUACCGCCAACCUCCACCAGAACCUUGCCAUGGCAAUCGUACGGAUUAUAUCGAAGUCGACCUAGGCAAUCUAUCCCGCAGCCGGUGUUGCGGAUACAUUUAUUCAUGUUCCUACGGGACUUCUCGUGAUGUGAGGUCAGCUUUGUGGCCGCGAUGACUGUAGGUUGCUGCUAUAUUACGCCAAUUAUCUGGGACUGGUAUAACGCGCAUGUGUACUGCAGAAGGACCGAUGAUCCUUCGCGACAAUUCAUACGAUUCAUAGUAGCACAUGUAAUAAGCUAACACGAGAAUCCCUUUCGGGUUCUCCCAGCUGUACGACAGCGACGAGACUCUACGUCGGAUGUCUUACCAAUAUGCAUGACCAUUCUGACCCCUGAGAAGGAUGUUAGAAGAGAAUUAUAUCGGUUAAACCCAUCUCGGCGAACACGAUGUCAUUUCCUACCAAAGCACUCAAGUCCCGGAUCAAAGGCCAACAGCCUGAUCCGCAUCGAAUAAAGACUCUUCCAACAUUUUACCGCAACCUCGAAGAGGCUUUGGAUGGGCGACGUGCUCUUUACAAUCUUCGCCAGCACGUUCUGAACGACUGGCAAACAGGGGAUGAAGUCGACUUCGCUUCUAACGACAUUCUAUCAUGGAACGCAAACGGUGCUCUACGGGCUGAGUUUCUCUCUAUACUAGCGCAACAUCCGGACUUCUGUCCUGGAUCUGGUGGCUCUCGUGUUUUGGAUGGGAACUACGAGUAUCUUGAGCUAGCAGAGCGUGAGAUCGCGGCAUUUCAUGGUGCAGAGGAAGGUUUGAUCGUUGGGUCCGGCUUCGACGCCAACCUCGCGGUCUGGUCUGCUAUCCCGCGGCCUGGAGAUGUCAUUGUAUACGAUGAGCUAGUACAUGCUAGCUCGCACGAAGGCAUGGCACAGAGCCCCGCUGCGCUGAAAGUCGAGUUUCCUCAUUGUGAUGUUAAGGGGUUUCGUAACACCCUAUCUUCUAUCCUCGACUCCCAACCGCUGAUCAAGCGUGGUAAACGCUCGGUUCUGGUAGCGGUUGAGUCGGUGUACAGUAUGGAUGGCGAUGUGUGCCCAUUGCAAGAACUUGUCGAUGUUGCGGAUGACGUUUUCUCCGAACACGGGAACGUCCAAUUCGUCAUUGAUGAAGCGCAUAGUACGGGACUGUAUGGGCCCAGGGGCGCCGGUCUUGUUUGUGAACUGGGGCUGGAACAUAGAAUCGCGGUAAGAAUACAGACAUAUGGAAAAGCUAUGGGAUCGAGUGGAGCGACUAUUCUUGGUUCUAAGACGGUGAAAACUGCACUGAUGAACUUCGCUCGAUCAACCACAUUCACCACUGCGCCACCAUUUCCAUUUGUCGCUGCUAUCAGAGCAGGAUAUAACCUGCUAAAUACAAAUGAGGGGGAAGAGGCCCAGGAACGCGUGCAAACCCUUGCGCGACUUUUCUUUGAAUCGUUAACCUCGCAUCCGACAUGGCACGUAGCUCAUGAAAAGGGGCUUCUUUUGGUCCCCCUAUCGGAAAAUUGGGAGGACCGUCCCUUUCUCACGCACAUAUUUACUAUCUUCACACGUCCAAAAUACUUGUACUGGCUCUACUUCCAUGUUCUGUCUCGCGGGUACUGCGUCUGGCCCAUUGAGCACCCUGCUGUGCCACCUGGCCAAGGCCGGAUCAAAGUCUCGCUUCAUGCGGGCAACACUGAGGCACAGGUUAAAGGCCUCGUAGACACUAUUUUCGAGUGGGUGGAAGAGAUCAUGGCUAUUGAGGACGGUAGAUCUAGUGUGAACGUGACCAAGGCUGCAGGUAGAGUCUAUGACUGGAUGAAGAGCGAAGGCUUAGAUGGCUUUGGGAUUAUCUAAGUAAAUCUACGAUUAUAUUGUAACGUUAGAGUUCUUAACAUCAUAGGAUAGAGUUGUAUUUCAUUUAACUACAUACAACUUAAUAUUUUGUUUCACUA